AUGGAAGAAAAACCAGUUAAACUUUUUACAAGAAAUGAUGUUAGUAAGAGUAAAAACAGUAAAUCUACUCAAAUAAUUAUACAUAAUAUUGUUUAUGAUGUAACUGAGUUUUUAAAUGAGCACCCUGGGGGUGAAGAAGUACUCUUAGAUCAUGCAGGAAAAGAUGCAACAGAGGCUUUCGAAGAUGUAGGUCAUUCGAGGGAUGCCAGAGAUAUGAUGAGUAAAUACAAAAUUGGGGAACUUAAUGAGGAAGAAAAAGUAAAAACGACCGAAAAAACAAUUAGGGAUUGGGUAGAGAAAAAAAAUGACGAUCAUAGGUAA